GCCACAAUGGCAGAGCUGCCCACAACGGACACGCCUGGGAACCCUGCUCUGUGCAGCGGGCGCUUCACCAUCAGCACUCUCCUGGGGGGUGACGAGCCCCUAUCAACCACCUCCUAUGACACCAGCCACCCCAACCACCUGACCCACGGCAGCACCCUCUACAUGCGCACCUUCGGGUACAACACCAUUGACGUGGUACCUGCCUACGAGCACUAUGCCAACAGCGCCCUGCCCGGCGAGCCUCGAAAGGUCCGGCCCACGCUGGCCGACCUGCACUCCUUCCUCAAGCAGGAAGGAAGCCACCUGCACAGCCUGGCCUUCGACAGCCGGCCCAGCCGGGAGCUGACCAACGGGCUGGUGGAGGAUGAGGCGGGCACCCACAGUGAGAAGAGCCCCGGGGAGCCUGUGCGCUUCGGCUGGGUCAAGGGGGUGAUGAUCCGCUGCAUGCUUAACAUCUGGGGUGUGAUCCUCUACCUGCGGCUCCCCUGGAUCACGGCACAGGCGGGCAUUGUCCUGACCUGGAUCAUCAUCCUGCUCUCCGUCAUGGUGACCUCCAUCACCGGCCUCUCCAUCUCAGCCAUCUCCACCAAUGGCAAGGUCAAGUCAGGUGGCACCUAUUUCCUCAUCUCCCGGAGUCUGGGCCCAGAGCUGGGGGGCUCCAUCGGCCUCAUCUUCGCCUUUGCCAACGCCGUGGGUGUGGCCAUGCACACUGUGGGCUUCGCUGAGACUGUGCGAGACCUGCUGCAGGAGUACGGCACGCCCAUCGUGGAUCCCAUCAAUGACAUCCGCAUCAUUGGCGUGGUCACUGUCACUGUGCUGCUGGCCAUUUCCCUGGCUGGCAUGGAGUGGGAGUCCAAGGCCCAGGUGUUGUUCUUCCUUGUCAUCAUGGUCUCCUUUGCCAACUACUUGGUGGGGACACUGAUCCCCCCCUCUGAGGACAAGGCCUCCAAGGGCUUCUUCAGCUACCGGGGUGACAUUUUUGUUCAGAACUUGGUGCCUGACUGGAGGGGUGUUGAUGGCAGCUUCUUCGGGAUGUUCUCCAUCUUCUUUCCCUCUGCCACGGGCAUCCUGGCAGGAGCCAACAUCUCCGGGGACCUCAAGGACCCUGCCGUGGCCAUCCCCAAGGGAACUCUGAUGGCCAUUUUCUGGACCACUGUCUCCUACCUGGCCAUCUCAGCCACCAUCGGCUCCUGUGUGGUCCGUGAUGCCUCUGGGGACCUGAAUGACACGGUGACCUCUGGCUGGGGUACUUGUGAGGGGCUGGCCUGCGGCUACGGCUGGAAUUUCACCGAAUGCUCUCGGCAGCACAGCUGCCGCUAUGGCCUCAUCAAUUACUACCAGACCAUGAGCAUGGUGUCAGCCUUCGCACCCCUGAUCACAGCCGGCAUCUUCGGGGCCACCCUCUCCUCCGCCCUGGCCUGCCUCGUCUCAGCUGCCAAAGUUUUCCAGUGCCUGUGUGAGGACCAGCUGUACCCGCUGAUCGGCUUCUUUGGCAAAGGCUACGGCAAGAACAACGAGCCUGUGCGUGGCUACCUACUGGCCUACGCCAUUGCCGUGGCCUUCAUCAUCAUUGCGGAGCUCAACACCAUUGCCCCAAUCAUCUCCAAUUUCUUCCUGUGCUCCUACGCCCUCAUCAACUUCAGCUGCUUCCACGCGUCCAUCACCAACUCACCGGGGUGGAGACCCUCGUUCCGAUACUACAGCAAGUGGGCAGCGCUAUUUGGGGCAGUUAUCUCCGUGGUCAUCAUGUUCCUGCUCACCUGGUGGGCAGCCCUCAUCGCCAUUGGAGUCAUCCUCUUCCUCCUGCUCUACGUGAUCUACAAGAAGCCAGAGGUGAACUGGGGCUCCUCUGUGCAGGCUGGCUCCUACAACCUGGCCCUGAGUUACACUGUGAGUCUCAGUGAGGUGGAAGACCACAUCAAGAACUAUCGUCCCCAGUGCCUGGUGCUCACAGGUCCUCCCAACUUCCGCCCGGCCCUCGUGGACUUCGUAGGCACCUUCACCCAGAACCUGAGCCUCAUGAUCUGUGGCCAUGUGCUCAUUGGACCCCGCAAGCAGAGGAUGCCUGAAUUCCGACUCCUUGUCAACGGGCACACCAAGUGGCUAAAGAAGAGGAAGGUCAAGGCCUUCUACUCAGAUGUCAUUGCGGAGGACCUCCGCAGCGGGGUCCAGAUUCUUAUGCAGGCCGUGGGUCUGGGGAAAAUGAAGCCCAACAUUCUGGUGCUGGGGUUCAAGAAGAACUGGCAGUCUGCCCACCCGGCCACAGUGGAAGACUACAUCGGCAUCCUCCAUGAUGCCUUUGACUUCAACUACGGCUUGUGCAUCAUGAGGAUGCGAGAGGGGCUCAACGUCUCCGAGGUGAUGCAGGCACACAUUAAUCCUGUGUUUGACCCAGCAGAGGACAGCAAAGGAGCCAGUGCCGGCGGGGCCAGGCCAUCGGUGUCUGGCACAUUGGACCCUGAGGCUCUGGUGCAGGAGGAGCAGACCAGCACCAUCUUCCAGUCAGAGCAGGGCAAGAAGACCAUCGACAUCUACUGGCUCUUUGACGAUGGAGGCCUUACCCUCCUCAUCCCCUACCUCCUCCACCGCAAGAAGAGAUGGGCCAAGUGCAAGAUCCGUGUGUUCAUCGGGGGCCACAUCAACAGGCUGGACCAGGAGAGAAAGGCGAUAAUUUCUCUGCUUAGUAAGUUCCGACUGGGAUUCCAUGAAGUUCACAUCCUUCCUGACAUCAAUCAGAAGCCGAGUGCUGAGCACACUAAGCGGUUUGAGGACAUGAUUGCACCCUUCCGCCUAAAUGAUGGCUUCAAGGACGAGGCCACAGUAGCAGAGAUGAGGCGGGACUGUCCCUGGAAGAUCUCAGAUGAAGAGGUCAACAAGAACAGAGUCAAGUCCCUUCGGCAGGUGAGGCUGAACGAGAUUCUGCUGGAUUAUUCCCAGGAUGCUGCCUUGGUGGUCAUCACCUUGCCCAUAGGGAGGAAGGGGAAGUGCCCCAGCUCCCUGUACAUGGCCUGGCUGGAGACCCUGUCCCAGGACCUCAGACCUCCAGUCAUCCUGAUCCGAGGGAACCAGGAAAAUGUGCUAACCUUUUACUGCCAGUAGGUCCAGGUGUGACCAUCCCUGCCCACAGCCGAGGGUAUGUGGCACAAGUUGGAACUCGACUGGCUCCAGUCUUAAGGACAAUCCUCACAUUGUGUUUGCAUGAAGUUAUAGCGACUGAUGAUCCAAUUGCAAGAAAUAGUAGGUUUCCAGACUUUGGCUGGAUCCCACUUCCCCUGGACGUGUCCUCUGGGCCUUAUUUUUAUGAGAAGGAGAAGGAGCAGAUGGAGUUCUAUGGAAAGUUCUCUGGAAGAUCCUAUCUGUUUAAAUAUUUUCUUUUGAUCUUGAUGAGUACUAAUUAAGAUCUUUCAGUCUUUGAUUUGUGGGCAAAUUGUGCUGGGCAUCAUCUGGCAAUUUCUACAGACCUUCCCUGGUCACAGUGCCCCCCAAGCCCUGCCUCCAUCCUCCAGUCAAGCUGGGACCUGCAGGAUCUCCAAGAAACAGGUCCUUGAGCCAGCAGGAUAUGUACACCUCUUCAGCCACCUCUCACUCCUGCCACAUUCAACUCUGGUUCUUCUGUGUCUCCAUGAGAUUAAGGACUUUCAAACUUGUUCUGCUGCAACCCACAGUGGGAAAUAUCAUUUUACACUGAGACUUGGAACACACACACGCAGAAGUGACUGAACCAAAAGUGUCAUUGAUAAGUUUUUCCAGCACAGUGUGAAGUAAAACAGAAUAAAAUACCUUUAUUGUGGAUGCAGAGAAGACCAUAAGGAAA